GAGCGGGAAACAAAAGGAGAGCCAAGACGCAUGCGUUUGGUGAGUCCCGGAUUCUGGUGGGUCCUUCCGCUCAGGCUGAGAGAAGAGCUUCCGGGUCGCCGCCGGCUGCCGGCUGCCGGCGCGGAGCCAUGUCCACCUUGUUCCCCUCACUCUUCCCCCGUGUGACCGAGACACUGUGGUUUAAUCUGGAUCGACCCUGUGUGGAGGAGACAGAGCUGCAGCAGCAGGAACAGCAGCAUCAGGCCUGGCUCCAAAGCAUCGCAGAGAAAGACAACAACCUGGUUCCUAUUGGCAAGCCAGCUUCAGAGCACUAUGAUGACGAAGAAGAGGAAGAUGAUGAAGACGAUGAGGAUAGUGAAGAAGACUCAGAGGAUGAUGAGGACAUGCAGGACAUGGACGAGAUGAAUGACUACAAUGAGUCACCUGAUGAUGGAGAGGUCAAUGAGCCUCCUCUCCAGGUGGACAUGGAAGGCAACGAACAGGAUCAGGACCAGUGGAUGAUCUAGGUAGACAAAGCAGGGUGGCCUCAGGGAGAUUCCAGGCCAGCCCAACCUACCCUGCACCCCUCUCACCCCUGCCCCACAGAACCAGCUGAUGGCCCCAGUGCCUGAAAGUGCCCGUGGGUACCUCCUCAGCUGCUGCCAUGAUCUCCUUGGCACUUCCCAGGCCAUCAGUUUGCUCUUGAAUCCCCAAGGCCUGAGCCCACUCCACCUUUUUGGCCAGUACCUCACCCCUCGGUUGCCAGGUCUGGUUGCUUUCUAACUCUUUAAUAAAGACACAGGAGUGAUUUU